GAAUUUAAUGGUACAUUUAGUAAUAGAAAAUCAUGCAUAAACAAAAUGUUUGCAAAGAAGUUCAGUUUGAAAGCCCAUUGGAAUAAAAUUCAAGGACCAAUGUCAGUACCUGAAACAGAGGUGUAGUUUAAUAGGAGCGAUUAGACUAGAUGGGAACUGUGUAGAAAGGUUCAUGGAUUUUUGCGGGAAAGGCACCUUUAGGGAAGAGAAAUGCUUUAGUCGGCUCUUGGUCUUUAGAGUUGAGAGGCAGAGGGGUGAGGAAAGGGAUUAAAAACAAACCGUUUAGGUUUAAUUUGACGAGGGAAAACACUGUCAAACAGGUCAGCCCUCUCAUUCCUAUCCCGACAUAAGAUAGUGUCCAUUUGAGACACACUGGCUGGCAGGCUUGCAUUCCUCGGGAUAAAGGGUCUGUUCGGAAUUUAAGCCUCCCAGCGUUCGUCUGAGUUUCUGGACAUUCAGGGAUUCUGAUAAAUAGGAUCUGCUUGGUUUGAGAGUGACAGAUGCACCUGGGUGAGUCUACCAAGUCUCGGGAAUCCAUCCUUUGCAGCUACUUUUAAGGAAGGUGACAAACUGCAAAAUCUCAAUGUGUGUCGUGUGGUCUAAAUAAACUUUUCAAUGCGAGUAGGUACAUUCAGUUAGAAAAAUGAAUAUUUAGUUGGAAAAAAUAUAAGCUAAACAACGACAGAGAACGGCAAUGCGUUUAGCAAUAUAAUUAUAGUGCACAGUAAUUUAGCUUUAAGUUCCAUUUAACAUUGCUUAUUCUAUAUUAUUAAUAUUUAGUGAUAAAGCAUUAUUAAAGUUCAGAUGUCUUAUUAUCGUAACAAUAUUGUUUCGAGCCAAGCAGCACCACUGCCUUUAAAUCGGCGGUUUUACUGCUCUUGCUGGCAGUAAGGAAUGCAUGAUCUACAUUCAGGAAAAUAAAUCAUACAAACUACUUAACUAAACAAUUUAUACAAAACGGUGUAAAGGCAAAUUGAAGAGAUGGUUGUUCAAAGCACGUGACAAGGAGUCUCUUUGGAGGCAAGAUUUUGCUCUUUUGUGGUUUUCAGUCACAAGGUCAUAGAUGAGAGCUUACUGUGCUGUAUGAAUGCUGAAGGGAAUCCAGCUCAUGCCAAAUCCUGUAUGUUUUCGACAAGCGGUUCAAAGGCUUUGUUUACCCCGUGACCUCCCACUAAGUGAGAGACCGAACCGGAGUCCCUCCUCUGUGCCCUGAUGUCAUAUGUUGGGAGAUGAUUCAGAAGAAUGGCCAGGAGAAAACAGGGAUUGUGAAUGGCUUCUUACGCCAUUCAGUCACCUUCCGCGCUAAAUCAAACUUUAUUGAUGUUUCUGGUAGACCCUUCUGCUUAUAACCGGGACAAACACCUGUUACAGGUUUGCUGUAAUUCAUACACCGAUUGUUCCUUAGCAGACGCAAGUCUCUCAACAGUACUGCUGUGGAGUUUAAUAAUCUUAAACCAACAAAAUCGGAGAAAAUGAACAUGCAGAAAAAGCACCAGAGUUUCAGCAUAACAGGUGGCCAGGUUAAAAUGCCUCUCCAACUGCGCGAACAGGUGGCAAUUUGCUGCUCGGUGACAGGGAAUCAGACCUGGGGGGAGUCGAGACACUAUCUUCAGUCCUGUCAUCCCCCCUCUCUCUGAGAUUACCCAGGUGGUUUUAAAAGCAUCGGUAAUGGCUUUCUAUGGAUCGAAAAUAUGAAUCAAUAUUUUCAAAAAUGCUUGCCUUCUUCCCAAGUAUACCGUAUAAAUAGCAUGUCCGCUCUGCCCCUGCCAUCGCCUUGUCUUUUUUGCAUAAAGAUUAUAUGAAUCUCCGCGGGAGAACAUGUUAAUCUGAGGGUGUUUCCCGUGUGGAGACUCGCAGUGCACGAAACAUUUGGGGUGGGUUUAAAAACUUCGACUCGCAAUUCAAAGGUUGCGAGCAGCACAUUUACUCCGUCAGUGCCGAUUAUUUAACAAGCUUUUGCUUUAAAUAGUUUUUCAGCUUCACCAAUGGCCCACGACCGGAUGCGGAGAAGCCUUUGGGACGGCAAAUGGCCUAUUCAGUUUCACGUGGAUGACGCCAUUUAGCCAUUAGCUAUAACCGGACAAAUCACUGCAUAUUGAAGAGAGUGUGGAGUCGGGACGGUGCUGUUUGUUUGGGGGAAAAAUCAUCGUGGUGUGAAGUGCAUCUGAGUCACUCGCAGAGCUGCUGCGGCAUCGGGAGGGGUAUGCUCCGCCGGUAGUCUCCCCAGGACACAGCGCCCUUCACUCUAGGAGCUUGUCAUUGAUCGGAUACUCGCUGCACUUGAAGCACAGCAGACAAGGUUACUGCCACAGUUCACAUCGCAAAGGAACAACCGACAUCUUUGGCGAGGUCUGACCGAUGAGCAGCCAGCCCGCAGGCCUGCACCGGUCGCAGUCUGAUGGAAGCCCCAACGCACGUGGAGCCACCCCUCCCUCUCCAGCUCGCUCACGACAGGGGACGACUGCGGAUUGAUCCUGACCCGGGAGAGAUGCAGGGUCCGGUGCUCUCCAUCGAUCAGAUCCGGGCCAUCCGAGCCAACAACGACUACGUGGAAAGGCCCAUGGUCCUCAGUGCGAAGGUCGCGACCAGUAGCCCGUCCAGCGCGGCGCAGAAGUGGGAAAGGACAACGGAGCUGAGCCUGGGCGUGGAACCACGCUCCUCCACGCAGCUCCAUCAGCAGGUGCAGCAACACUUGAGCCGAUCUACCAGUACUGUCAGUUCCGCGUCCCGCAGCAGCACCACCUCCGACCAGAGACUGCUGGUUAGCCUCAGCUCAUCGCCUUCUGCCCAAGGAAUUGUCAGGGCACAGCCCAAGGCUGACCUCAAACCCGACUUUAACAAGACUCUGGGUGGCGAGGACUGGAACCAACACUCUCUGCGGUGCGAGGAAUGCGGGAAGUGCAAGUGCGGCUCCUGCACAGCCCCGAGGACUCUGCCUUCGUGCUGGCUCUGUGACCAGAGGUGCCUUUGCUCAUUCCAGAGCGCCCUAGAUUACGGCACUUGUGUAUGUUGUGUCAAGGGCCUCUUCUACCACUGUUCCAACGACGACGAGGACAACUGUGCGGACAAUCCGUGCUCCUGCAGCCAAGGCCACUGCUGCGCUCGUUGGACCGCCAUGGGCCUCAUCUCCAUCUUCCUGCCCUGCUUAUGGUGCUAUUUGCCAGCUAAAGGAUGCCUCCGGGUCUGCCAGGGAUGUUACGACGGCGUCAAGAGGCCGGGCUGCAGGUGCAAGAACUCCAAUACCGUGUGCAGGAAGGUUUCGAAGGCACCUUGUCCUAAAACCCUCGACAAACCCUUAUGACCAAGACACCCCUUCUACCGUGAACAAUAUUAACCCUGUGGAUGUUCAGAAAGCACACCUCCAAAGCUUUCUUCACUCACUGUAGAGAUUUCCAAGAGAGAUUGAAUUACUUCUGGCGCCCAGACUACCCCAGCACGUGUGUGCGCGCAAGAAGGGAGAAGAGAGUGGAGUGUAGGCUCUCAGCGAGAUGUUUGUACAGAGCAUCUUCCUGAAAAUCUAAUGGUUCUAUUACUAUCUUGGCGUUUGAGCGUUUAUAAUUUACCCAGGGAAUCGGGACCAUCUAUCCCCUUCCAUGUUAAGCACCUUCCUGUGGGUUCUUCCUGUGUUCGUUGCAGGCUCAGACCCUUCCUCUUGUGGCUGAAUGGCUGAAAAACCCGGCGUCGAGUUUCAGUACACCAACCGAAAGAAUUUAAAUGUUCUUUCUCGGUCGCCCACCUCCCCCGUCCCCAGCCCUCGCUCUGAAGGGUGCUCACCGGGACUUGAUGGGUGUCCAUCUCGGAGGUCCUGAGACUCGGAAGUCAGUUUGUUUCUUCCUUCUCACUUCCAGUUAGAGACCUCGGGACUAAGCCCAUUAGCUAGAUGGACCUGUCCUUGGUAAACCACUCAGUUUAUGGGAAAACCAUGCAACUUGUCUUCCGUCAGCGCAUUAAAUAUUUAUUGCUUGGCUAGAAAUGCGAUAUAGUCCAUUGAUAAUAUAUUCUCCCUCUCCUCAAUCACUGAUACAAUUAUUUAUGUAUUUUGCCGUCAGUUACUCACGCAGAUCGGUUACGGGAGGGACAAAGUUUGAAACCGUUUUGAUUCUUUGUCGGUUCCUAUGCAUUCGAAGAGUGAUUCUUUGUGUUUGCUAACUAUAGUGGGCUGCUAUUCAGAUUCGGUGGAUUUGUGCUUUUAAGAGGAAACACAUUGUUACACAGCGGCUAAAUAUGGAUUUCAACAUGUUGGAAGUUUGACACUGUGUGUGCCGUGGGUGGAUUGAGAAGUUGGGCUGGGACACUAAUGGCGAAGAAGUAGGAUUUCCCAGUUUUACGGCAAACUUUUUUUUACUUUGAAGUAUAAUGCGCGUAACUCUUCCCUAGCUCCCGAGAUAGGGCUUCCUUACUGGGAAGGAACGCGUGCUGAAAUGGCCUGGGUCCUGCUAGGAUGGUAAAGUGCAGCUUAAACGACAUUUGGCACUAAAGUUAUUGCGCCACAUGUUGACAAGUACGUGUUGGCAAAUGUCAUUUCCGCUGUAUAAAAUGACUUCGUUUCGGGGUGGCAGCGUGAGCCCCUGGGGACUUCAGUUCCGCUGUGUUCAUCGGCAGACUGAUGGGCAACAUCCCAUCCCAGAAUAAGAUAUCUCGUUAAAACACGCCAGCCUACUGUCUGUAAUUCUGCCGACAAGUGUAUAAAUUAUUCCAUGUAGAUAUGAACCUAUUAUAAUCUGGUUGUCUUUUAACGUAAUCGCCCUCCCAAGGUUCCGCUCAGACACUACACUUCAUCCCAUCUUUCACGAAAUUUUAGUUACACUAGUUAUGUUAUUAAUUAAUUAGUUGUAAGACUAUCUGCUUCAUCACUCCCCAAGGGGACUAAAAUUAAUCACUUAAAACAGCCAUUGCAGAGUUAUAGCAUUGGUUUAACAUUGUCGUUGAAUUCCAGUCAGUGUGACUCUUAAAUUGUAACAUUGUUAUAGGAAACUAGAGAUUAAGUGUUUCUUCUGUAUUUUUUCCAUAUCGAGAUAAAUCGAGUUUGACUCUUGGCCAGUGAUUCUGCAUUUCAGAAGGGCAUCGUCAGCACUUUUAGGCUUGUAUUCUUUUUAGUCUAUUUGUCUGACCAAUAAUUUACAAUUAGUAAGUUCAGUUCUUCAACGCCCCCUCCCCAAAUUGCCAAGUCUGAAAUAUAAGGAAUAGUACGAUCACCUCGGUCGCACCGUGGUCUUGCAUGGGCCUCUCUAUCCAAGUCCAAUAAGAUUUCAUUACAUGAAGUAAAACUUGGGGUUUUCUUUGUAAUGUAACAUUACUAUGCCCGAAAUACAGCCUGUCUUCUGAAAGGAAGGCGCUAACCCCCAUGGACCAGAGUUGCUUGUCAACCGGAAUGGUUUUCCUUGGGACUUUAAACGUUCCAGGAGAGUGGAAUGGAUCGAAAGGUAAGAGAGCCAAGGUUGUUCAACCUUCGCUGACCUUUCUUUCAUUAACCCCAGCGGGGCGUGGGUUGGAGGCUGGGGGAAUCUCUUGGUUAAAGAGGGCAGCCAUGAGAAUCCAGGAUCCUCCUGGCCAAGACACCGGCAAUCGAAAAACAAAUGUAGAAAGGGAAGCCUCGUCACAGUAGUUGCGGAGAAGCAUUGGGACUUCCAGUGCAACGGAGUCGAGCUCUGUGCAACGAGGAUAUCGUUUUAAGGGUUAUACUUGAAUGGCCUGUGACUAUUCCCAAUUAGUUAUUAUAGAGCGGCUACUAAAUAAUUCAAAACACAAAUCCUUUCGGCUAUCCCAAGGGAUGGUCUGCCCUUUUAGAGUGACGUCUGUGGUAAGAACAGUAACAGUAUAUCUAAGAAUUGCAACGCUCUCGCCCUGUAGUAUCUCUGAUCAAAACGGUUUCUUAAAUUAUGUAUUUGUAUUUUAAGCAUGUAAGUUCUUGGGUCAUCGGCAUUUGUGCAAAUUGAAACUGUAAUGAUGGUUGCAUUUAUAAUGCAAACUGACCCAUAUUGAGCAUAGUAGCCAGGGAAUGAUUUGUUACAUUAUGGGCGGUAGUUCAUGGUUUUCCUAGAAACGACUUUUCUUUUUCCAAAAAUACUUCCCCCACCAUCCGCACAAACUUUGCAAAUUUGCAACACGGGACAUUCAUUCACUGUAACUAGCAUAUAAUUGAAUUUUCUUACAAGAUUUGCAUUAUGUCAACAUGGUUUUCCUAGAAGCUGUUUGGCAAUCUGAAAAAAAAAAUCAGGAGACAAACUGCUGUUUUUGUAAAAGUCGGUGCGUGUUUAACAAUUAUGCAGCGGAGUGGGCUCAGCCCGCUACCUAACAAUCAUUACCUGAGAGGACUGUAAUCAGUUUGAAUAAGCCAUACUGAACCUGUUGGGAUCCGGAAGAGAACAACUUUAUUUUGGACUAUGAUGCAGUGACACUUUAUUGCCUGGAUGUCUGGAGCACGUGUCGGAUCACAGUUCAGCGUACAAUCUGGACCUUGAUGAAAUCAGAGGCAGAAACACGGGCACGUUUCGAAGAGAUCUAACCAGACGUCACGUUCACGAGCAUUUUCUUGCUUUCUUUGGGCUGUGAACACGGCAAGAGCCUGCUCUUUGUUAUAGUUACUUUCAUAUAUUUUUCUAUAUACAAUAUUAUUAAUACUGUGAAUGGUGCCAUAUGAAGGAAGAACUCCAGUUAUUGGUACAAUGUACAUUCAGGUGAAUGUCCGACUCCGUCUCCCGCUAACAUCAGGCUCUAUUACCCUAUAUACAAAAUUCAGUUAUUGCAUUGCUUAGGUACAAUUGGCUUCCUGUAUAUCAAUCAAAAGUUACGGAUUCUUUUAUGUUUUACCAUUAUGUUGAUUAGUCUGAAUAUUUAUUUGAAGUUUUAUUUUAUAAGAUAUUUAUUUAAACACAACACCCUUUAGAAAAAAAAAUUACUGUACGGAACUUGCUGCAAAAAUGUAAGGGUGGCACUACAGAGCUGAAUAAAGGUAUAAAAUAGAAAUAUAUUAAUUUUCAAAUGAAAGUGUUUCGUUUGUUUUAUUCUGCGGCUGCAGUGGAACUAGCCUCUCUUUGACAUUCGUGGUCCAAAGCACCCAGGCCAUAUCUUCCCAUUCUGGGAUUUUAAAAUUCAGAAUCCCAGAGAUCUCUCCAUGAGGGAAAUACAAAUGGCUUUUUUUUUCAUGCAUUUUACAUAUUUUCUUGUGUGUGGAGAAAUUCGCCAAGCAAUGGCUUUGGUUGAUCAAAAUGUUAAGUAGGCCAAGAAGGCUACAUAAUGAACUGACUAGUAACUUGUGUUAUGCAUCCUUAAUAGUGGAAAGUUGUGAUGGCCUUCAUUCUUAAUCACAACAAUGCCAAAACUAUUUUUUUAGAUGGAGGUUUUUGUCCCAAUCAUGAUAAAGAAGGAACAGGUUCAAAGAAUGAAUGAUUUAUGUAUACAUUGAAAACCUAAUGACUUUGCUGAUCUUACCCUUCUCAAUGGAAGAUGCUGGAGGUGGUUUUGAAAUAAACAUGUUGAGUUAUACAUUACAUCCUGUAAAUAAUAUAACAGCCUCUG